GGGUGCGGAAAAAUGACGCGUUAGCUACCGGUAGAGCGGGAAGCCCGGCUGCUGUGGUGUUGCUCCGCCAGGAACCACCGACUGACUCAGACAGACUCGCCCACCUUCGAGCCGUUCUUUUCCCCCCUCUUCGCUCUGUCACGAACGCCGAGCAACAUGGACCGAGAGCACUUUGUAUACCAGGCAAAACUUGCCGAACAAGCAGAGAGAUACGACGAAAUGGUGGAGUCUAUGAAGAGCGUUGCAGGGAAGGAUGUGGAGCUGACGGUGGAGGAAAGGAACCUGCUGUCCGUGGCCUAUAAGAACGUAAUUGGUGCACGGAGAGCUUCAUGGAGAAUAAUCAGCAGCAUCGAGCAGAAGGAGGAGAGCAAAGGUGGAGAAGACAAACUCAAAAUGAUCCGUGAAUACAGGCAAACGGUUGAGAAAGAGCUGAAAUCAAUCUGUAACGACAUUCUGGAUGUACUGGACAAGCACCUCAUUCCUGCAGCCAACACGGGCGAGUCAAAGGUCUUCUAUUACAAAAUGAAGGGCGACUACCACAGGUACUUGGCAGAGUUUGCUACAGGCAACGACAGGAAGGAAGCAGCCGAGAACAGCUUGGUAGCGUACAAAGCAGCCAGCGACAUUGCCAUGAUCGAACUGCCGCCGACACACCCCAUCCGUCUGGGGCUGGCACUCAACUUCUCCGUCUUCUACUACGAGAUCCUCAAUUCUCCAGACCGCGCCUGCAGGUUGGCGAAGGCGGCGUUUGAUGAUGCGAUAGCAGAACUGGACACGCUCAGUGAGGAGAGCUAUAAGGACUCGACACUUAUCAUGCAGUUGCUACGUGACAACCUGACACUAUGGACUUCAGACAUGCAGGGAGACGAUUCGUAAGGAUCUCCACCCCCCUCAUUUCCCACUAGAGCUCCUCUUUGUGAAGAACUGAAUAAAGAAGCACUGCAGGAUGUGGAAGACGAGAACCAGUGAGACGUCACCACAUGGGACACUCUUUCCUCUGCACUCUCUCUCUCUCUGUCUCUCUCUCUGUCUCUCUCUCUCUGUCUGUCUCUCUCUGUCUGUCUGUCUGUCUGUGUCUGUCUCUCUCUCUCUCUCUCUCUCGCAUCCCAAGUCUCUGGUCCCGCCCCUCUCAGGUCUCCAUGGUGUCACCGAAAGAGCUCCGAAGUCACCCUGUCUCCUCCAGCACUCACUCUUUCUCUCCUGUAUGUCGGUUUAGCGCUCUGCUCUUUUGGGUUACACCCUGGGCAUUUUUAAAUGUGCGCCCCCCUGCCCUUGAACUUGGCACUAUCAGAUCCACACAUGAAUUGACCUCCUGAGUGAAUAGGCAUUGUGGAGAACUUCCCCUGCUGGUUUAUUUGUAUUAAACUUGCAGAGUGUUGUCUGCGUAUGGGCUUGUUUUAUGUCUCACUUUGCUUUUAAUUCAGCGCGCGGUAGCGGUACGGCGUCGUUUGCCUCUGUUCUGUGAUUGGCAGAGUUAUUGCUUCUGUAAUCACACACAUUGCUGACUGUGUCAUGGCAGCUGGGAUGCUAAAUCUCAGCUGUCUGUUCUGGGAGAUGCAGCACCCUACAAAGGGCAUUUUUUUCCUUUUCCUUUUCCUCUGCUUGGUUUUUAAAGGGAUGCCUAUUAAAUUUUUUAGGUGCCCGUUUUAAAGCAGGCUCUCAGAGCCAUUGUGUUUUGCUGCCAGUCUAUUCCUAUUGCUUUGCACACAUCAGCCUCUAUGCAGAACGUCGCUCCAGCACUGUAUGUGAACACGCGCUCCUGUCUAACCAUUCAUGGGGGAAAAAAAGACCCCAGGUCAACUCCUCAGCUUUUAUUUUAUUAUUAUUAUUUUUGUCCAACUUGGUUCAGAUGCAGAUUUCUCUGCCUCAGCUUCGCCCCUCUCUCGUGCUCCCAUUUUCUCUCUUGCUCUCUAGAACUUUCUCUUUUUCUCCUCACCCAUUCAGUAUGUGUAACUUGAAUCUGAUUUGUACUACUGGAUAUUCUGAUCGGAGCCAACGCGCACCAUCUGUAUUCUUACUGAAACACAGCAUGGGAUUAACUUUAACCUUCAAAUAAAACCAAACCUAAGUUAAAAAACAA